CAAAGCGGUUGACAGAGGAGCAGUGAUGGCGGCGCCCGUGUCCUGGAGGAGGCUGGUGAACUCCGUGUACUCGGUGUCCUCUCCGGCCGUGGCGGGGGUCUUCAGCCGGAUCACGGACCGGCUCUUCAAGGCCAGGGACCGGGGAGGCGGGUCCUCCGUGCUGCUCCUGGCCCCGCUCCUGGCCGAGGCCGACCCCGCCCCCCGCCGCGCGCCCCGGUCCCAGGGCUCGGCCGGGGCCCAGGGCUCCAGCGAGGGCCCCUGUCCGCACUUCACGUGGAUGUCCCAGCACGUGCCCGCCUUCAGAGUACCAGGCACACACAUACACAUACUCACCUCCCCGGACCAGUUCUACCAGACCAUGAAGGCGCGGAUCAGAACAGCUCAGAGGAGAGUGGUGAUGGCCUCUCUGUACCUGGGGACGGGGGAACUGGAGCACGAGCUGGUGGAGUGUAUGGAGGAGGCUCUGGAACGUUCUGAGGAAAACAGCUCCAGACUCAGAGUGUCAGUGCUGCUGGACUACACACGAGGAUCCAGAGGUUCAGAUAACUCUCGUACGAUGCUGCUGCCGCUCUUGUCUCGCUUCACUUCUCAGGUCCGAGUGUCUCUGUAUCACACUCCGGACCUGAGGGGGCUGCUCCGCCUCCUCGUCCCUCAGAGGUUCAACGAGACCAUCGGGGUCCAGCACAUUAAAGUUUAUCUGUUUGACGACAGCGUCAUCAUCAGCGGAGCAAACCUGAGCGAGUCGUACUUCACAAACAGACAGGACCGGUACGUGCUGCUGGACGACUGCGCUGAAGUGGCAGAUUUCUUCUCAGAUUUGGUGGAGGCUGUGAGCGACGUGUCUCUGCAGCUUCAGCCCGACGACUCCGUGUCCAUGAUGGACGGAAUGGUGCAUCCGUAUAAAGGAAACAGAACGGACUUCUCCAGAGCCGCCCAGAGCAGGAUCAUGGAGGUGAUGCACGAGGCUCAGAUCAGACAGAGGCUACAGGACGAGAGAGGAGCGAGGGAACGCAGAGAGGAGGAGGAGGAGGAGGAGGAAGACGAGGACGACACCUGGGUUUUUCCUCUGGUCCAGAUGAAGCCUCUGGGGAUCAGUUUGGACGAGCAGGUCACACAGAGGUUACUGACAGACGCCGGCUCAGACUCCACCGUGUUCCUCACCUCCGGGUACUUUAACCUGACCCGCGCGUACAUGCGGCUGGUGCUGGGGGCCGGGGCCCGGUACCGAAUCCUCACGGCCUCUCCCGAAGUCAACGGGUUCUUCGGGGCCAAGGGGGUGGCCGGCGCGAUUCCCGCCGCGUACAUCCACAUCGCGAGACAGUUUUACAACCAGGUGCUGCGUCUGGGGCAGGAGGAGCGCGUCCAUCUGCACGAGUACCACCGAGACAAGUGGACUUUUCACGCCAAAGGUCUGUGGUAUUACCUGAGCGGACAGUCCCGCCCCUGCCUCACUCUGAUUGGAUCUCCAAACUUCGGGUACCGGUCGGUGCACAGAGACCUGGAGGCUCAGAUCGCCAUAGUAACGGAGAACGAGGACCUGCAGACGCAACUACAGGAGGAGCAGGAGCGGUUGUACAGACGCUCCUCUGAAGUCUCCAGCUCCACGUUCGAGCGUCCGGACCGACACGUGAAACUCUGGGUCAAACUGGUCACUCCCCUCAUCAAGAACUUCUUCUGACCCACACAGGUGGACGCUCGCUCUUGUCAUCAGUGAAUCCUCGGAGCCGCUCGGCAUUCUGGGAGUUGGAGUUUCACACUGAAGAACCGCAGUCUUGUUUUACUUUAACUGGACGUUUCACUGGAGCUGCCUCAUGCAUGCAGUAAAAACAUUUCUUUUUGUUAUCAUUUUUUAUUUCAUUUCAACUGUGAAUCCUCCGCCAAACAUUUCAACGUAGGUUUUUAAAUAUUUAGAAAAUUUUUGAGAAUUUGUGGAUGAAAUACACUCGAAAGGGCCUUAAAAUAUGAAAAGUGGUUUACAGUUCUGAGAAAACCUUAAGUAUAAAACGUAGGAUUUUGUUUGUAAAUUAAAACAGAGUGAAGAGUUUUUUUUGUUUUAAAUGAUCUGGGUAUUUUUCUGGAUAUUGUUAUUUUAAACUACUGGAUACAAGAACAGAAGAAGUUCACUUUACGGGGUUUGUUUACGGUUUAUAAAUGUAGCACAAAGAGGAUUUGAGAGACAAAAAGACGACGGGAUCUUCAAGUCUGCAGACCGGGGUUAGACCUGGUUUAGUUCCGUUUUAGUCCCGUGUUUUAUCUAUAUCAGUCUUCCUGGUUUGGACCUGGAUUAGUCCUUGUUUGGUCCUGUGUUGGUCAGACUGGGUCAGGUACAGUACUGUUAUUAGACCUGGUUUAGUUCUGCUUUAGUCCCGGGUUAGUCCUGGUUUAUUCCUGGUUCAGACCUGGUUCAGUCGUGUUUCAGAUCUGGUUGAGUCCUGGUUCAGACCUGGUUCAGACCAGUUUUAGACCUGGUUCAGACCAAGUUCAGAUCUGUUUCAGUCCCGUUUCAGACCUGGUUUAGUCCUGGUUCAGACCAGGUUCAGACCAGUUUUAGACCUGGUUCUGCCCCGUUUUAGUCCCGUUUUAGACCUGGAUCAGCCCCGUUUCAGAUCCGUUUCAGACCUGGUUUGGACUUGGUUUCAGUCCUGUUUCAGAUCCAUUUCAGAUCCAUUUCAGACCCGUUUCAGACUUGGUUUAGGCCUGGUUCAGACUUGGUUCAGACCUGGUUCAGACCUGGUUUAGACCUGGUUCAGACCUGGUUCAGUCCUAGUUUCAAUCCUGGUUCAGUCCUAUUUCAGAUCCAUUUCAGACCUGGUUUAGACCUGUUUUAGUCCUUGUUUCAGUCCUAGUUUCAGUCCUGGUUCAGUCCUAUUUCAGAUCCAUUUCAGACCUGGUUCAGACUUGGUUUAGACCUGGUUUAGUCCUUGUUUCAGUCCUAGUUUCAGUCCUAGUUUCAGUCCUGGUUCAGAUCCAUUUCAGACUUGGCUCAGACUUAGUUUAGUCUUGUUUCAGACCUGGUUCAGUCUUAGUUUUACCAAAGAAGUGACUCUUAAUCCUGGUGCAAGUCGCCGAACACUGUGAACCGUUUGUUGUGGUUAAAGUUUUACUCCAAAAUGUUGAAACACGGUGAAGAUCUGUGAAUGAUUUUAGGAGAAAGUUAAACUCAAAGAAGGACAAAAGCAGAAAGAUAAAAAGAAGAAGAGGAGAGGGACAGAAAAGAAGGUCAGAGGAGGAAGAGAAGAGGUUCAGAAGAAAACUCAGAAUAUGCCAAUUUUAAACCUUUUUAUGUUGAAACUUUCUUUUUUUUAACUUAUGUCGCACUGUUAAAUGCAAUAAAAACACAACUGACUUCCUCA